AUGAACUGAAUUAAAGAGAGAGAGAGAGAGGUGCGUACAGCGGGAGAGAGAGUCCGAGCUUCGUGUUGUCAGAGAUCUUUGGAGCUUCAUCACCGAACAACAGCAGCUUGAGUCCAGGCCCAGCUGCAGCAAAACUCACAAUGACCAAAGAGGAGAACCUGGAGGUGCAGGAGAAGGAGAGGCACGACCGGGAGGAGCAGGAGGAGGGGCGAGUCACAAGAGAGGAGGAGGAGGUCCUGACCGAGGAGGAAGAAGAAGAAGAGGAGAAAGAGGAGGAAGAAGAGGACGAAGACGAGGGGGAGUAUGAGCUAGAAGAGGAGAGGGAGGGCGAGGAGAGAGCCGAGGUCGACGAUGAGGAGGACGACGAGCAGGAGGACGAGCGGGAGGAGAGAGACGAGCGGGAGGAAGAGGAGGACGCACCGGCCGGAGAGGAGCGCGAGGCCGAGCCGGAGCCCGAGCCGCUGUCAGUGUCCGAGUACCAGAGUCCGGUACACGAGCCACGGCGCCGAGCCAUGGUGCACCCGUCCGCCCAGGCACCGCUGCCCAAAGACUACUCCUUCACCUUCUUCGACCCCAAUGACCCGGCCUGUCUGGAGAUCCUCAUGGACCCUCGGACUACCAUCCCGGAGCUGUUCGCCAUCGUGCGUCAAUGGGUUCCCCAGGUGCAACACAAGAUUGACGUCAUUGGCAAUGAGAUCCUGAAGCGUGGUUGCCACGUGAACGACCGCGACGGUUUGACUGACAUGACGCUGCUUCACUACAGCUGCAAGGCCGGAGCUCAUGGAGUUGGUGACCCGGCGGCCGCUCUGCGUCUCAGCAGCCAGCUCAUCUCUCUGGGCGCUGACGUGAGUCUGAGGAGCCGCUGGACCAACAUGAACGCUCUGCACUACGCCGCUUACUUUGACGUCCCGGAACUGAUCCGAGUCCUGCUCAAAGCUUCCAAACCCAGAGUGUUGAACUCCACAUGCAGUGAUUUCCACUAUGGUACCGCUCUCCACAUCGCUGCCUCCAACCUCUGUCUGGGUGCAGUCAAGUGUUUGCUGGAGCACGGAGCCAACCCAGCUGUCCGGAAUGAUAAGGGUCUGGUCCCAGCUGACGUGGUUCCUGACCCGAUGGACAUGAGUCUGGACAAGGCGGAGGCGGCCAUGGUGGCCAAAGAGCUGAAGCAGCUGCUGCUGGACGCCGUCCCUCUGAGCUGUAACCUUCCCAGAGCCACGCUGCCCAACUACGACAACAUCCCGGGAAACCUGAUGCUGUCCUCGCUGGGCCUGAAGCUGGGAGAGCGAGUUCUGCUGGACGACAUGAAGCUCCAGAGAGACCAGAGCAGAGACGACAGCCCGCCUGCAAACCUCAAACAGACCGGCACUCUGAGGUUUUGUGGUACGACGGAGUUCGCCAGCGGUCAGUGGGUCGGCGUGGAGCUCGACGAGCCGGAGGGGAAGAACGACGGCAGCGUGGGCGGCGUGCGCUACUUCAUCUGCCCUCCGAAACUCGGGAUUUUUGCCCCGGUAUCAAAGAUUUCCAAGGCUGUGGAUCAGACACCUUCAUCCGUCACCUCCACCCCCCGAACCCCACGCAUAGACCUGGCGUCCCGCCUCGCUGGAAAGACCAAGAAGGAGAAAGAAAAGAAGGAGAAGGAGAGAGAGAAAGCCCAGAGGAAGAAGACGUCAGUCGCCAGUCUGGAUCCGGAGGGACUGAACGUGGAAGUCGGAGAUCAGGUUCUGGUGGCUGGACAGAAAAAUGGCAUUGUACGCUUCUACGGAAAGACCGACUUCGCUCCAGGUUACUGGUUUGGCAUCGAGUUGGAUCAGCCGACAGGAAAACACGACGGCUCAGUGUUUGGAGUCCGCUACUUCAGCUGCCUGCCCAAAUACGGAGUGUUUGCUCCGCCGUCCCGUGUCCAGAGAAUCGGAGGCCCUAAAGACGGAUCACAGAGUGACAAAUCCAUGGUGAAGAAAGUCCACCAAGUCACCAUGUCACAGCCGAAGCGUAACUUCAACACGAUGCGUUCUCCUAAAGACCUGACCUCGGAGAGCUCCAUAUCCAGGUUGCUGUUCUGCUGUUGGUUUCCGUGGAUGCUGCGUGCUGAGAUGCAGUCCUAACCACGCCCUCCUUCUUCUUCCUCCACCAGAUCUCCAUCUCUCCGCUCUUCUCUUCUUUCUCCAUCUUUUACUUUCGGUGUACUCUCUUCACUGUCGUCAGUCAAACUCCUCGUAGUGAAACUCCGUCCCUCUUCUCUCUCUAUUACUCUCAGCCCAGAUCCCUCUAAUUUAGCCGUUCUAUAGCAAAAUCUAUAGUGCCUUGUAUCUGAUCAAAACGUCCUGCAUUCCUUUAAUCAAACUGAGAAUCCAGCUCUGCUAAAGCAAUUCCCUGAAAAUAUUCUCUUUACUACUUUAACAUUUAGUUUCAGCGAGUUCUCAUCUCAUGUCUCAUAGUGUUUGUCCACGUCGUGUCUUUAUUUGGGGCAGAAAAAACUUCUGUUCAGUCUCUGAGGAUAAAAACAACCAGGAAACAUCAGCGUGCUGCUACGUGUUUGGUUUGUUGCUGCUACUCGGUUUGGGUCUUGAAGGUCGGCGCCAUCGAGCCUAAAGUUAGAAAGUAAUGCUGAUGUUUGCCUCGAGGUUUGCAGUUCACAGAUGUUCAGUAUGUACGCUCGUCAAAUCCUGUAAUAUAUUCUGGAGCUGGGACGCCGUGACAGUCGUGUCGCGUUGACGCCAUUUACACCUCGCAUUAAAACACGAUCUGGACAUUUGAUCAGGACGACGAAAAAUACCAGAUGCAAACCGCAGACUGUCUAAAACCUGGACGUAGUCUCCGUGACGUCCCCGCAGACUGUCUAAGACCUGGAC